UAUGCAAUCCUCUCAUUCCGAAGGUGGUAAUUAUGCACUUCUGGUGGUACCGCUUGCGGCAGCCGCAUUAGGAACUUGGCAAGUUCAGAGAAGAAAGUGGAAGCUGGGUCUUAUUGAGGAUCUUCAGAAGAGAACAACAGCUGAACCAGUAGAAUUACCAGUAGACUUUCAAGAACUGGAAGAUAUGGAAUAUAGAAAAGUUAAAGUAACCGGCAGGUUUGAUCACCGUCGCGAGAUAUGCAUCGAGCCUAGAAGUCGCCUGGAGAGUGAUGAUAGCAAGCGUAGUGGAUUGGGUUCCAGCUCAGCAACCAUAGGCGCUCAUAUUAUUACCCCUUUUAUCUUGGAAGAUAGAAACUCUACCAUUUUGAUUAAUAGAGGAUGGGUUCCCAGAGGAAAGGUUAAGCCAAACUCGAGGCCUGAAGGACAAAUUAACAAUACGAUUACUCUUACUGGAGUCGUUCGGACAACGGAGAAGCGUCAAUAUACAAAGAAUAAGCCAGAAAUGAAUCAAUGGUUUAACAGAGAUGUAGAAGAAAUGAGCUAUUAUCUUGAUACGGAUCCAGUGUUUCUCGACGCCGAUCACAGCAGUACAAUACCAGGUGGUCCGAUUGGAGGUCAAACAAGAGUGACACUUAGGAAUGAGCACUUUUCUUAUAUAAUCACAUGGUGA